GUGCUGAGAAGAGAGAGAGUCGAGCUGAUGUCCGCCGAGAAGUUGCCUACUCGAUGCGAGUACGAAGUGUGGCUGUGCAGAUACGAAGUGGCGCCAACAGAGGAGCAUCCGUGGCACAAGGAGAGUAUUGUCACGGCACAUGCGGCACGCCAACAUCGAAGUCGAAACUAGCACCGCUUUGUCGUCGAAAUGCUUCGUACUCUACGUAGAACAUACGGGGCGCAGCAAUGGCAGGAAACACGCAUGGCUACGCCGGACGUACCUUAGGUACGCAAUCCACCUCUUCGCGACCGGCAUAACCACAACCUGCACCAUACCAUUACUCCCUGCUUUCUCGCCAUCCAGUAUCCGAAACACGACUGCUCAACCAAAGGGAACUACCUUAUUCGCUGUAUAAGCGUCAGCGUCAGCGUCAGCCUCGGCUCUUCCCCCUUCCAUCCCACUAAUCUAGAUCCGACUUCCCAUUCGCAAUCCCCAUCAAACACCCAC